CAGCCAAUGGGGGGGCUCCGUGGGCAGGUCACGUGCCCCUGUUUGGCGCUUUUGUGCGCGGCCAGGUCUGUUGGUGCUCAGAGUGUGGCCAGGCGGCUCGGACGGAGCAGGGCUUUCUUUACCAGUGGAUUUGUGUAGAAUACACUGCCAGUCUCUUGUCUUCUAUUCACCAUGGCUUCUUCUGAUAUUCAGGUGAAGGAACUGGAGAAGCGAGCCUCAGGCCAGGCUUUUGAGCUGAUUCUCAGCCCUCGGUCAAAAGAAUCUGUCCCUGAUUUCCCCCUUUCCCCUCCAAAGAAGAAGGAUCUUUCCCUGGAGGAAAUUCAGAAGAAAUUGGAAGCUGCAGAAGAAAGACGCAAGUCCCACGAAGCUGAGGUCUUAAAGCAGCUUGCUGAGAAACGAGAGCAUGAGAAAGAAGUGCUUCAGAAAGCAAUAGAAGAGAACAACAAUUUCAGCAAAAUGGCGGAGGAGAAACUGACCCACAAGAUGGAAGCUAACAAAGAAAACCGAGAGGCACAAAUGGCUGCCAAAUUGGAGCGUUUGCGAGAGAAGGAUAAGCACGUGGAAGAGGUGCGGAAGAACAAAGAGUCCAAAGAUCCUGCUGAUGAGACUGAAGCUGACUAAUUUUCUUCUGAGAACUGACUUUCUCCCCUUCCCCUUCCUAAAUAUCCAAAGACUGUACUGGCCAGUGUCAUUUUAUUUUUUUUCCCUCCUGACAAAUAUUCUAGAAGCUGAUGUAGGACUGUAUAGGUAGAUCAGACUGUAAGAUGACGUUGUUUUAGGGGCUAAAGGGGAGAAACUAAAAGUGUUUUACUCUUUUUCUAAAGUGUUGGUCUUUUUAAUGUAGCUAUUUUUCUUGUUGCAUCUUUUCUACUUCAGUACCCUUGGUGUACUGGGUUAAUGGCUAGUACUGUAUUGGCUCUGUGAAAACAUUUGUGAAAAGAGUAUGUAGUGGCUUCUUUUAAAGUGUUAGAUGCUGAAUAUCUGUUCACUUUUCAAUCCCAAUCCUGUCCCGAUUUUACCAGAUGCUACUGUACUUGAAUGGUUAAUAAACUGCACAGUGCUGUU